AUUCACGCAAUUUAGUUUGUUUUGGGUACACUAAGCGUCAUAAUUAUUGUAAAUAACAUUUAAUAAAGUUAAAGACCCAAAUAACUUAUAUUGUGUGACUUUUGAUAACGUUGAAUUUCUUUAAAGCAAUCAUGGCGCUGGUUGGUCUAGACAUAGUGAGUGUCGACCACUGCUACUCCAAGCCUUGGAGUGCCCACCCAGAUGCCAGCAAUGCACGACCAGUACGCAUGCUGUACAUGGAGAAGUUUCCCAGGAACAAGAGUCUCGAUCAGGCCAUGCCUGAGCCAGAUAUUUUGCUGGAUGUUGUGUCCGUACCGACCCAGAUACCAGCCAUAUUUGAGACGGGAAAGUCCCACAAUGCAAUGUCGGACGUCGAGAAACAGCUGUCAGCUCUGCAUGACGACCGCGGAGAUGAGUGGGAGGACAAUCUCAACAGAAGUGGUUGGACCCCUCAGCAGAGUCGAAUCUUUAGCAAGAUCAACAAGAUCCUUGUCGGGGAUCGACUGUCAAAACUGGCCAAUGCUGGGAACAUAAAUGAAUCAGUCACCAGACGCAACCAGAUUAACAAAACUGCCAAGAGGGUUCGACAUGUGUUGGCCACAUGUAAAUGGAACCCGAAGCUAGUUAAGUGGCUCCACGGAGUUCUGCUGGACAACCUGGGCGUCCAGAGCCUGGCCACAUACAUAGAGGUGCUGCAGACACUGAAGGCUAAGAUUCCUAGCCUGAUUGAGACCAUGACGUCAGUGGGCGGUCUGUCAAUACGUGCCCAGCAGCUGUCUGGAGACACCCUGACCAACAUGAUCAAGAAGACCUGGGACCCUAUACACACCUCGUACUCCCAGAUGAAACUGAAAAAACUGCCAGGCAACCCUCUGAUCUUGAUUGCCCCAAGUGGCCCCACGGGUCCCAACAGUGUCCAGUCAAAGCGUCAGCGCUACUGGAGCAGCCAGCUGGCGGGGCUGGGCAAGGUGAUCCCUGUCCUCAUGCACAUGGUCUCCAGGGGGAGUGGCGUCAGUAUUGCGCAAUGUCUGGAGCACAUGAUAGUGGCCGUCAAGGACAAGGUCACUGAGCUGAAGGCCCACUUCCUGAACCGACCCAUCGUCCUUCUAGGAUGGAACAUAGGAGCCUUGGUAGCAUCACAUGUUUCACUUCAGGAGAGUGUAUCAGCAGUUGUGUGUCUGGGCUUCCCCUACACAGGAGUUGGCGGGGGACGUGGGGAUGCUGAUGACCCUUUGCUUGACUGUCGGACCCCGACCCUGUUUGUGAUUGGUCAGCAUGCCAACACAUGCUCCGUGGACGAUAUGGAGGACAUGCGAGAGAAAAUGCGGGCAGAGAACAGUCUGAUAGUUGUGGGUGGGGCAGAUGACAAUCUGAGAAUGUCGAGAUCAAAGCGAAAACUAGAGGCCGUCACUCAAGUUAUGGUGGAUAAAUCAAUAUUGGAUGAGAUAUCAGAGUUCAUUGGCGGUGUGCUGUCCCAAAGUCCUGUGCUACAGGAGUCAGUGAUUGUAGACUUAGCUGACUUAGAUGGGCGGAAAGCGCGGGCAGAUUUAAGUCGUGACGACCAUGAUGGUGAUGUUGACUUCACAACACAAACCAACUUGGAGCAGAUGAGUGACAUUUCCCCCGGGCGCCUCUCAAUUGCAAAGGCUCUGCGGGCUAGAGCCCUGAGUGGAUCCCAGCAGACGCCGGGCUCCGAUACACCUGUGAGAGUGAAGAGGAAGUACACCAAGCGUAAGGGAGUCACCAACCCCCUUGACCUGCCCACCCCCAAGAAGCGGUACCGCUCUACCCCUACCCCUCCCAUACAGAGCCCGGUACCCAGUGUACAGACACCACUCAGUGCAGGAAACCAGCCUGCUUUCUCAGUUGCCCCCGAGCUGACGGGUCUGUUACGAGGACAGCCUGGCUUGUUGCCGUCGUUCCGUAUCCUGACAGAUGAGUCCGGCCACAAGACUGCGGUGUUCUCCAGUCAGCCCUCAACAGUCUCCACGGCAACACCCUUUGUGUCCAGCGUCCUAAACUUGCAGCUGGCAGCAACGAGUGGUGCAGAUAUUGGCAGUGCUACUGAUGCCCCGCUGGUGGCCUACAGACUGGAAGAUUACGAGAAGAAGUUUCCAGACGCCAAUCAGCCAUCCAUCAAAACCACCAUCUCUAUAGAGGGCCUUCUGCGUUCCCAGCAGCCUCUGUCCAGCCCGGCCCCUCUCACCAGCACCCCAAUCUCUUCACUACUCUCCCUUGCACGCCAGAUGCCCGGCAACAUCCCUACAUCGUCCGUGUCCUCUCAGAUCCAGCAGCUGCUUUCCACUCUGGCUCGUUCCCACAUGCCCACCAGUGUAAUCCCUCCUCAGCUGCAUUCUCCUGCCAUCGUAGUUUCUCAGCAAGCAGUUGUGCCACCAUCCACCAUUAGCUACUCUGUUAGCCAAUCAGGAAGCAUUACACAAAUUCAAAUGAACCAAUCGGGUUCACCGUUGCAGAACAGUGUUCCAACGCUGAUGAGCUCUUUGACAAAAUGUGCCAGCACCAGUUUAAUCAAGCGGAUGACAUCUCUGAAUUCGGACCAAUCACAGGCAACAGUCACAUCACCAUCACCAAUUUUGACGAAAACAGAUCUUACUUUACCGAUUACAACAGUAUCAUCAGUUCCAAUGAAAAACAUAUUGAUUGAAGAGACCAUAGACCUGACUAAGUCUGAUGAGGUGGACACAGAUAUUCUGAUGGAGUCAAAAUCCCGUGAAGCCAGCCCAGCUAUGAGAAAUGCUGGUGUUCAGUCCCCGAUCCACAUCAUCAGUCGGCCAAUCAUAUCCAUAGAGACGCCCAACCAGGUCGGACUCAAGCAGUCCCAGCCCGCUACUGUCAUGUGUCUCAGUACGAAGACUUCCACGGCCCUGAAACCGGGCCUAGUAAUGUCACAGACCUUUACAGCUCAGAAACCCGGCCCCGUAAUAUCACAGGCCACCUCAAUCAAUUCACCCUUGUUGCAGAUAUUUCCUCUGAAGACCACAGAGGAACCUCUAGGUCAGGUAUCGUCCUUACUGGAAUCAAGUCCCAUAACUCAGUCUGCUACACAGAGUCACACUUUGCAGACAUGUGCAUCGCAGUGGUCGAGUGAGAUGGCGUCUGAUGUGUCUUCGGUGUCUGUAGCAGUUGCUUUGGACUCUACACUGGUCUGUGACAGUGUAAGUGUGCCAAAUGUUGUGGCCUCAAAUACUUUGACACCAAAACCUAACAUCACUGCAACUACCAGGACAAGGAAAAUAAGAACACCAAAACAGUUUGACUUGUAAAGAUAUCAAUUAUGAAUUCAACUUACAUUUGACCCUUGCUCGUGGAAGAAGGGUUUAAUACAUGUGCGUAAAGGGUUGUCCUAGCAUUCUGCACAGGCUAAUUAGGGACAACAAUUUUAGUCUAAACUGGUUUUUCAUGAAGAAGAUUCUCCUUAAAGAGUGUCGUCCUAGAUUUGCCUGCGUGGACUGCACAGGCUUAUCAGGACAUGCAUCAAGCAGUUUUCCCAGUGAAUUGCUCCUUUCUAUUACUGGUAGAAAUAACUUUAUUUUGCUAUGCUGUGCUCAGGUCCAGGAUUUAUUUAAUGGUGGCGUUAAUGAGAAGGUUAACAGGGCCAAUUUUGUUGUAAGUCUUUAAUAAGAUCAGUGAGUAUUUGGUUGUAAAAUGGUUUGGGUGUAUAUUGAUAUUGACCACUCAUCAUUUAUUUACAAUCUUUGUAACAGUCUUCAUUGUUUUUUGUUACUUUGAUUAAAACUUGUUUUGUUAAUGUAUUGUACAUCUGGAUGUUUCAUGUAUUAAACAAACACUUGGAAUCAAA